GGAUUUUCUUAAUGGAGUAGAAGAGAUUUCAAUACUUUCAUCAGGGCUUGUGAGAAGUAUGGCCGAAAUGACAUAAAAAGUAUUGCUUCUGAAAUGGAAGGGAAAACGGAGGAGGAAGUUGAAAGAUACGCAAAGGUCUUUAAAGAAAGAUAGAAAGAGUUAAAUGAUUAUGAUAGGAUCAUUAAGAAUAUCGAAAGGGGGGAGGCUAGAAUUUCGUGAAAGGACGAGAUCAUGAAAGCUAUUGGGAAGAAAUUGGACCGGUACAAGAAUCCAUGGCUGGAACUCAAGAUUCAGUAUGGUCAGAAUAAAGGGAAAUUGUACAAUGAAGAAUGUGAUCGUUUCAUGAUAUGCAUGGUUCACAAACUUGGGUAUGGGAACUGGGAUGAGUUAAAGGCUGCAUUUCGCACAUCACCCUUGUUUCGUUUUGAUUGGUUUGUGAAGUCUCGCACAACUCAAGAACUUGCAAGGAGGUGUGAUACACUAAUUCGGUUGGUGGAGAAGGAAAACCAAGAGUACGACGAGAGGGAGAGACAAGCUCGUAAAGAGAAGAAGCUUGCCAAGAAUUUGACACCAUGAAAGCGAGCCCUGGCUAGGCAGACUGAGAGUCCCUCUUCCUUAAAGAAGCGGAAGCAAUUGACCAUGGAUGACUAUGUUACUUCAGGAAAGCGUAGGAAAUGAUAUUGAAAUAUAAAAUUAAGAAAUUUUUUUGGGGGAUGAAUCCCCCUUUAAAUUACGGUGUAGCAGUAGUGUGGGCAAGGAGUGCCUCUAGUUUGCGCACUAGUUUGUUAUAUCCCCUUGUUUUUGGAUCAGGGUUCAGAAUUCAUCGUUUCACUGAUGGAAUUGGUAAUAUAUUAGAUCUGAAGAGUUUUGGAAUUUGUAUAAAUGAAACUACUCCAGUAUUUUGUACCUUGUAGUUGAUUUUAGCUGGUCAUCUAAUGAAAUAUACUGUAUUAGCUGCUUAAGGCUAUCCC